AUGAAUGAACUUAAUAAAAGUCAAAUAAAUAAAGAAACACAUGAUUUUCUUGUUAAUCUUGAUUAUCCAUUCGGUAUCGAUAAAGAAUCAAAUCCAACAAUUGUUUUUCUUCGUACACCGAAUGAUUUUAAACAAAUUCUAGAAGAUCUUUCGAAAGAAUUUCUUGUUGAUUCUGAGAAUUUUCAAGCCGGUGAUCAAUUUCUUGUUGCAUUUGUUAAUAAUCAAAAUGAUAUUAAUAAAACAAUAACACGUUAUGCACAUCGUAUUAGUGAAAAUGGAAAAUUUUGGUUUAUAUCAAAUCAAUAUACAUUAUUAAAUGAUGAAAAUAAUUUUCUUACACUAAUCAAUUCACAAUUUAAAUCUUCACAACCAUUAAUUCAACUUAAAAAUAAUUAUUACGCGAAAUUAUUUCAAUUAAAAGAUAAUAUAACAAAUAUUGCAAAUAUAGAACAUUAUCGAACACGAAAACGUGAAGCAAUACGAGAAAAUAUGAAUAAUGAAAAACGAAGUUCAAUACGAUUAUCUCCAAAAGUAGAGGCAAAUUUUCUUAAAUAUUUUUUAAAUAAUGAUCAAUUAUUAAAAACAAAUCAUAUUGAAAAUGACGUAAAACAUAUAUCGAAGGGAAAUAAUAAUUUAAAUCUUACACAACCAAAACAUAAUCUUACCAAUGUUUUAAUUAAAAAAAAAUCUUAA